AUGAUGAUUGACUUUGCACAAGCGAGUGCCCUGACUCUACAUCAGACGCUGACCCCAGUUUGCCUUCUUUCCCGCUUCUCUUCCACCUCAAUGGACGGCUCAGGCCAUCCACAAGCAUUUUCACCAUUUCUCAGUGGUAACAGCGGCAACAACGCCUCACCGACGCCCCAGAGCCCGAACAAUCAACUUACAAGUCUCCUGAACAACCUCAUGCAAAUGCAAUCUCUCGAGAACAACAUCAUCCAGCAGCAGGCAGCCGCAACCCCGAAUUCAUCGUCGCCAAGUCAGAUGGCGGCGUCGUCGAAUCCUCAGUCGGGAUACAACUCGCAGCUUCUGCUCGAGCAGCAGAUCAAGCUCACGCAACUCCAACAGUUGCAGCAGCUCCAGAAUCAGAUAUUCCAGCAACAGAUUGCUCUGAUCAGCGGACAGUCUCCCCCCAUGCUGCCGACAUCGCCUCUCUUGGAUAAUUCGAGACGAGGCAGUGCACCGAACGGCGAGCAGCUCUUCUCUGGCCUACCAACACCUGGCCCUUCUGGCGAAAUUCGGCCACAACAACCCACCAUGGACUUCGGAUCCUCAAUGGGAUUAAACAACUACAUGGAGCCACUUCCUCAUGCCCUCGUUCCUCCCUCGUCAUCAGGUUCUCACCAAAAUCGACUCCAUCGGCAGCAGGGGCAUUCGCAUGCUCACGUACAAGGACACGCUUCCGGUGCCAUGCAGCAGACGCACAUGCGUCAGGGCUCAAUGAACCUCACUCUACAACGGCAACUUCAAGCACUUGCACAGCAGAGCCAGCAGCAACAUCAAACUUCCCCGUACCACCAACCCUCUUCUCCAGCUUCUUUCCAACCUUCGAGCCACCCCACGUCUCCGGUCUAUCACCCCACGUCGCCUGCGCUGCAUCCUGAAUCGCCAAUGCACCACCCUGUAUCUCCUAUGCGCCAUCCGACUUCUCCCAAUGCGUUUGGCCAUGAGUUAUAUCAGAACCAGCGACAGCAGCCUUAUCACCACCACCAUAACAGUAGUCAAAGCCUCAACCCGUCUUCCUCAUCGACGCCAACGACAUCUGCUCCACAUUCGGCACCCGAACGCAUUGCUUUCAACAUCUACACAGGUCCGCUUCCUGGUGGAGGUUCGAUACCAGGGCUUACACUUGGCCCAGCUGGAACGCCGCUUGAUUCAGAGCAGUCUCAAUCCGACCAUCAUUCUCUCCCGAAUCACGCGAACCACCACUCCGAUGCGCCAGCAAGGAGGAACAGCAUCGCCUCUCCUCAACACGGCGGCCUUGCAAUAACCCAGAUGCAGAUUUUGGACCAGGAUAUCUCGCCUUUGACAAGUCCUUGGCUCGGUGCCCAUCCGACAUCAUCCAGCUCGUCCUCGAGUCCUGCCGGUGCUGUCGCAGCUGCGACAAGUGCAAUUCGGAGCACGCAUCGGGCUUCCGGUAGCGUCAGCAGCAACAAGCGUAUGGCGUCGUCGAGUGGCGAUGAAGGUGGAAGCGCUAGGAAGAAGCAAAGCCCGGCGAUCAGGCCUACACUUGCGAUGAGCCUCUCGCGCAUUAAUGGUCCUAGUGGCAGCGGCAGCGCAGGGGUUGACACCGAGAAAGAUGCUAUCAAGGAUAGGAACGACUCGAUCUCUCCCCUCGGCGAAGGGAACAAAUCGAAAGGUGGUACACCUCCACCGCCCUCUGUUGGAGGCGGCGCUGGAGCUGGUGAAAAGGACGGUCCUCCGCCGAGCUCGUCGUCUGCCUCUGGCUCAAUGUCUGGUUCGGUCUCGCCCAAUCCGAACAAUAACUCGACACCCAAUACUGCUGCAUCGUCGAGCGCGUCAGCGCGUCGACCGUACCGCGGUUCGAAAUCAACAAAUUCCACUCCACUCCUACGAUCUACCCCCGCGAGUGCGAUCACGACGACAACAAGGACGAGAUCGAAGAGCCGUGCCCGGGCUUCGGGUGAUGCCGUGCAGGACACACCUUCUCCAGUCGACUUAAACUUGGAUGCAGAUUCUGGUGGAGGGAGUAACAUCGACCGAUCGAUGCCUCCACCACCUUUGCCUGCGUCUAUCUCGUCCACCUCGAACUCAAAUCAUCAAAGGGGUGACGAUGUGCCCGACACUAACAACACCAAUUUGACAUCGAAUGGAAGUGAAGAAAACGGCGACGGGAUGGGGAUGGACAUGGACAUGAGCAUGAACGGCAUGGGCAUGGGCUCGAUGGACAUGGGCAUGAUGAGCAUGGGCAACAUGGGCAACAUGGGUAACAUGAAUGGGAUGAACAACAUGGGUGGCAUGGGCAUGGGCAUGGGAUCGUUCGAUGGCAUGAUGGGCGACAUGAACAUGGGCAACAUGAAUAGCACAGAGAUGGGCAUCGGCAUCGGGAUGAACAUGGAGAUGAACAUGGACGACAUGGCCUCCUUUGGGAUUAUGGAUAUGGCUUUCGGGCAGCAGCAGCAGCAGCAGCAGCAGCAACACCAAAGCCAGCAGCACAGCCAGCAGAACCAACAGAUGCUGCCUCCUUCGUCGCACCAGCCUCUCGUGCCGGUUACGCCAGGCAGUAUCAUGAAGAUCGGUCGGCUGGGUAUUGGCAACCCCUCUGGCGGAGCUGGUCGCCUGAGUUCUAGUACAUCGGCGUCGUCAUCAUCAACGGCUGUAGGUGGAAAUAGCACUGGAAAAGCGAAAAAUAGUCGAGCAAAGGACAAGGACCCUGCUGCUGCUGGACCAUCGAUAGUGACAAGAAAGAUGUCGACAAGACGGGCCAAUGCCGUUAGCCCGAGCUUGAAAACAAUCUUACCUGCUGGAAAUAUGACGCCAAACAUGGUCCCGACGCUACCCUCACCCAUGAAUGCAUCCGCUCCAGGAACACCCGCCGUAGUGCCCUCUGCUUCCAAUAGCGCCAUGUCACCUUCUGCUACCUCUGUCCUGAAUGGUGCAUCUACUGGGCCAACGAUCCACAUUCGCAAGACAUCGCACAAAGCCGCUGAACAGAAGCGCCGCGACUCACUUAAGACAACGUUUGAUGACCUCCGACGACUCCUACCGCCUAUAGCACUUCCGACGGACGGAGACGUCGACCCGAAGAACCUCGCCUCGCCUCUCUUCCACCCUACGGCCCCACUGCUUCCUGGGGCCCUGCCACCCCGCGGACCACCCAAGGCUGGUGGCGACGGUCCGAACAAAGGAGUCAGUAAGUUGCAGUUGUUGAUCUGCGCCAAUGAAUACAUCAGGUUGUUGAAGGGGCGUAUCGAGCGUCGUGAUGACGAAGUGUCGAAAUUAAGGGCGGAAGUGGCGCGAUUGAGAUGUGUAGUGAAAGAGAAUGGGGUCAUUGAAGAGGGAAUGGAAGGGAGGGCGGAGGAACUGGACUUGGAAAAGGACCUGGACGCGAUUGAAAGGCUGCAUAUAUCGGCCGCGAGGAGUACUGCCAAAAACGCCGUUCUGGAUACGGGAACGUCGCUUGUGGACGAUGCGAUGGAUGAAGGAGACGAUGAGGGUGAUGACUGA